UAAGUCAGCUGCAUGUAGUUUUAGACGCAGCCCAUGAGUCUCUCUGGUCCUCAGAUCAGCCGGUAAGUCUCUCAGUUCAGUGUUUGCUCUGUCUAUCCGGUUUUUGCCUCAGUCUUUAAUCUCCGGAGUCACUGUGACACAGCAGCAAUAAACAGUGGCCAUUACUGCACGACUUAUGUUAGCUAGAUUAAGAAAACUCCGUUUUCUUUUUGGCUUUGGGUAUUUUAGAGUGUUUCUUUCUUUUGAAACAGAGUUACUUUACCGUAGGCUUUAACCGGUUUUAGCUACAGUUUGAUCCAGCUCGGACGUAGCUAGCUUGUUUAGCUAACCUACUAACUAGCUGACCUCUUAGCUAACUUGUUUUGGUUAUAAACUAAGUUAAUAGUCAGUAGUCGUGGUCGGUGAUGGACGAUCAGGGAUCAACAUACAAUGUGAAGCUGUACGUUUACGACCUGUCAAAAGGACUUGCUCGCCAGCUGAGUCCCAUGAUGUUAGGAAAGCAGCUUGAAGGGAUAUGGCACACUGCAAUAGUAGUUCACGGAGAAGAGUUCUUUUUCGGAGGACAGGGAAUAGCAAGCUGUCCACCGUGUGGCACACUGUUGGGAGAGCCCAAUGCCAUAGUGGAUUUAGGAAACACAGAAGUGAACAUGGACAUUUUCACAGAAUAUCUUUCAUCUCUGGGGGAGUCCACAUAUAGAGCUGAAAGAUACCAGCUUUUUGAGCACAACUGUAACACCUUUAGUAACGAGGUGGCCCAGUUUUUAACAGGAAGAAAAAUUCCAUCAUACAUUACUGACCUGCCGUCUGAAGUGCUUUCCACGCCCUUUGGACAAGCACUGCGUCCUUUUAUUGAUUCCGUCAGUAUCACUCCGCCUGGAAACAAUGGUAUAAAUGGGCACUAUGGUCUGAGGUAGACUUUGACAUCUCUGUGGACCCCUUGAUUUGUAGAGGAUGAACAAGGUUCAGCACAAUGUUUCUGCCCUCUGGAAUAUUUCUGCCCUCCAACUCAUCUGUCCAUAUACUCCUAAAUCAUUGAUUAUCUCAUUAUUUUAAUGUUACUUCCUUGGUACUUACUUUUGUCUAAAGGUAUUUUUCCAGACUUGCGUUAAUUUAUGUUGGAACUUUCUGCUUUCCAACAUAAAUUUAUAUAUAGAGCAGAUCUCUUUUUAAAACUAAAAGCAGUCAUUGCUACUUUGCUAUGUUCUUGCUUAUACCAAAUACAGGAAGACAUAUUCUAUGUAUUAUCCAGGAAGGUUUAGGUGAUUGGUAUAGCACAGAAUAUUGAUUGUAUUAAGUGCACUUAUUUAUCUGUUUAGGCUUAUUUUGGUCUAAAUUGCCAUUUGACACCAGUUCAGGGUUCACUCCUGUUUGCCAUGUAAAGUUUGGAAGAACUUUCUUUUCUCGGGUUUUAUAAGCAAUUCUUAUCUUCCAGUGUCUACUGUGCAGAUGUUUCACCCUGAUAGUCAUUAUUUUCUGUAACAGCUCCAUUUUAAGAUACAGAUAACGGACAACUCUUUAUAAUGAGUCCAGAAAACUGACUGUGAGGUUGAGUUGCAGGUAUAUUAAAUAAGUAAUAUUUAAUUUCAGGGAGUAGCAAUACAUAACAGUAAUGUUAGCAAUAAAAAAACACUACUGCUCAAAAAUUGGAAUAACUUAUUUUGUUGUUUUUAUUACUUCGCUAUGAUGUUAAUACAAAUGUAUCUGGCUAUUAUUUGUUUACUAUUUACUAUAAAGAAUUAAUCUUGAAAUGUAUUAAGUGCUUUGCCAUACAAUAUAUUGUUCAUGUUUGUCAUAGGAUUACAUUAGGGGGAUUACAAGGAAUUAUCAAAACAUUCAUUCAAGAUUUUUUUUUUUUGCAACAAAAUUGAUGUUAUUUAAAAAUCAUUGACUCUAAAUUUUGAGCAGUAGAGUAUGUUAUGGUUCAUUAUUCAUAGAAUCUUUCUAUAUUCCUUCUCUUGUACUUGGUCAUGCCUUGCCUACAGUACUGAUCCAGUCAGUUGGGGGUUACACCUGUCACUUAAAAAGUUGCUGUCUGUUUAUUGGCUAAUCUUUUACAUCUUUUGUGCUUUAAGCAGAGCAGCAUGUCACAUUCCAGAAAGACCACUGUAAGGCAUCAGGGUCCAAAUCUUGUGUUUGAAACCAAUGAAACACUGGGACACUGACUUACCUGCAAAAUCAUCAGAUUCAGUUUGAAAAAGCAGAAGUAAUACUGAAAAUCUAGCUUGCAUGUGCUUCCAGUUAGUGGAAGAGGGGCUUACAAUGGACAGAAUCUCAGUAGAUUAAAGCUAUGUGAAAUUAUUAAAGUAUUUCAUCACAAUAUUUUAAGACAUUUUUAUGAUGCACAGUAUUUAUCACAAUGUUUUGACACUAAAACAAAAUGCUUCACCAGAUGCAGAUUCUUAAAAACUGCUAAUUUAAAUGCAAAGCACUGAUUUUAUUCAGUUUAUGCAGCACAUCAUCCAUUUAAACUAAUUACUAAUUACAUUAAUGUAAUGAAACACAAAUCAGGUUAGUGUUCUUUAAGGCUCUAAUAAUGUUCACAAUAUGCAUAGAAAAGUAUGUUGUCAAUAUGAUAAGAAAAAUCAUUACAAUACAAUAAAAUAACAUCAUGUUGCCCAUCUCUACAGUAGACUGAUGUAAUUCUUACCUGACUGAACUGGCACUGUCUUUUUAAAGUAACUAGACAUGUAACUACGUAAACUGAAAAGCAAUUAUCUCGGGAGUUGAUUAAUGUAAUUAUUUUAUUUGGGGUAGUCACUGCUUUACACUGUGUUAUCUUUCCAUUCAUACCUUAUAUGUUCAUACAAGUGUAUUGUAUCAUCGCUUUAACAGAAAGGUGCAGAUGGACAGUUUUUCGUAAAAUUUUUUUCAAAUUUUUAAAAUCAAGAUCUUUCUAGAAUUUCUUGAAUGUAAUAAGAGAUUGUAUUUGAUAAGAUAGGAGAGAUGAGGAGAGGAAAAUGUAAUACCUAUAAAGCUCUUCUGGUCUGUUGUUGUAAUGGUGAAAUAUUGGAAUAAUGGUGUAAUGAUAUAAAUGGCCACUAAGUGGUGGAAACUGCACAGCUUUUGGAUUACGCCACUGACGUUUUCUCAAACUUUUCCUGAUAGUCUUCAUCAUUAUUUAAAAUGGUUUAAUUUCCAACUGUAUAUUUACCGAUUCACUGAUAUUUAAUAUUGCACUUAUGUUGUUAUGCUAUAAUUAAUAAACAUAUUUUGCUCUU